GAAGUUUAAUCAUUGAACCGAUCACCCUGGAUGGAUUUAUUUCUGGACUCGAUUCCCCAGGAGCUCCACUAUCUCACCCUGAGGGAAAUGCCUCAACUGAAGUUUCUCUAGCUCCAGCUUUGAAUCAAGACCUGUUGCUUUGGAGUUACUCACAGCAUCUCUGUCGCUACUGGCUCAUCCAUCUCCUUCAAGAAAAUGUUUGCCGUCCACUUGCUAGCUUUCCAUUUCACAAAGCUAAAAGAGGAUCAAAUCAAAAAGGUUGACAGGUACCUGUACCACAUGCGCCUCUCCGACGAUGUCUUGCUGGACGUGAUGGCUCGCUUCCAGGCCGAGAUGGCCAAGGGCCUGGGCAGAGACACCAACCCCACGGCCACGGUGAAAAUGCUGCCCACCUUUGUGCGCUCGCUUCCCGAUGGCUCCGAGAAGGGUGACUUCCUUGCUGCUGACGUGGGUGGCUCCCAGUUUUGUGCCCAUCUUGUGAAGGUGUUUGAUGACGGGAAGCAGAGCAGACAGCUGGAGAGCAAGUUUUAUCCCACGCCCAAGGAGGUCAUACAGGGGAACGGAACUGAGCUCUUCGAUUACAUCGUCGACUGUCUGGUAGACUUCAUGGAAACCAAAAACCUGAAGCAUAAGAAGUUACCUCUCGGCUUUACGUUUUCUUUUCCGUGCAAACAGACCAAACUGGAAGAGGGGUUUCUUCUUGGAUGGACAAAACACUUCAAGGUCCGAGGAGUUCAGGACACAGACGUGGUCAGUUCUCUGCGCAAGGCCCUCCAGAAGCAUAAGGACAUAGAUCUUGAUGUCUUGGCUCUGGUCAAUGACACUGUGGGAACCAUGAUGACUUGUGGCUAUGAUGAUCCACGCUGUGAAGUUGGCCUCAUAAUUGGGACCGGCACUAACGCGUGCUACAUGGAGGAUAUGAGGCACAUCGACCUGGUGGAAGGUGAUGAAGGGAGGAUGUGCAUCAACACAGAGUGGGGAGCCUUCGGAGAUGACGGCGCUUUGGAUGACCUCCGCACAGAGUUCGAUCGGGAGAUCGACCUUGGAUCUCUCAACCCUGGAAAGCAAUUGUUUGAGAAGAUGAUCAGCAGCCUCUAUCUGGGGGAACUUGUAAGGCUCGUACUCCUAAAAAUGACUAAGGAAGGUCUGCUCUUCAAUGGGAAAGUGUCAACAGCUCUGCUCACCAAGGGCAAGAUUGAAAUGAAACAUGUCUGUGCAAUGGAGAAAUAUAAGGAAGGUCUGAGCAACACAAAAGAGAUCCUUACAGAGCUGAACCUAUUUCCCUCUGAAGAGGACUGCAUUGCCGUUCAGCAUGUCUGCACCAUCAUUUCCUUCCGCUCGGCCAACCUCUGUGCCGCUGCCCUUGCAGCCAUACUGACCCGGCUGAGAGAGAAUAAAAAGCUGCUAAGGAUGCGAACCACUGUUGGGAUUGAUGGAGGGCUCUAUAAAUUCCACCCUCAAUAUGCCAAACGCCUGCACAAGGUGGUGAGAAGGCUGGUGCCAAACUGUGAUGUUCGCUUUGUCCUCUCUCUGAAAGGCAGCGGGACAGGGGCUGCCAUGGUCACGGCGGUGGGAUACCGGCUGGCCGCUCAGCGCAAGCAAAUCGAUGCUGCUCUCGCACCGUUUCUGCUGUCCCUGGACACCCUGAGAGAAGUGAAGAACAAAAUGAGGACUGAGCUGGAGUAUGGGCUAAAGCGAGAGACGCAAGCCAGUGCCUCAGUGAAGAUGUUACCCACUUAUGUUUGUGGGACACCAGAUGGAACAGAGAAAGGGAAGUUCCUUGCCCUCGACCUUGGUGGGACAAACUUCAGGGUUCUGCUGGUCAAAAUCAGAAGUGGGAGAAGAAGAUCAGUGCAAAUGUAUAACAAAAUCUUUGCUAUUCCUUUGGAGAUCAUGCAAGGGACAGGGGAAGAGCUCUUUGACCAUAUUGUCCAGUGCAUAGCAGACUUUCUGGAGUAUAUGGGGCUUAAAGGUGCUCGACUGCCUCUGGGCUUCACCUUCUCCUUUCCAUGUAGGCAAGCCAGCAUUGAUAAGGGGACACUUGUGGGAUGGACAAAAGGUUUCAAGGCAACGGACUGUGAGGGGGAAGAUGUUGUUGAUAUGCUGAGAGAGGCUAUCAGGAGAAGAAAUGAGUUUGACUUGGACAUUGUAGCAGUGGUGAAUGACACCGUUGGGACAAUGAUGACAUGCGGAUAUGAGGAUCCCAACUGUGAGAUUGGCCUUAUUGCAGGAACAGGCAGCAAUGUGUGCUACAUGGAGGACAUGAAAAACAUAGAAAUAGUGGAAGGAAACGAAGGGAAAAUGUGCAUCAACACUGAAUGGGGAGGAUUUGGUGACAAUGGCUGCAUCGACAACAUCAGAACAAAAUAUGAUACAGAAGUAGAUGAAGGUUCACUAAACCCAGGGAAACAGAGGUAUGAAAAAAUGACCAGUGGAAUGUACCUAGGUGAAAUAGUGAGGCAAAUUUUGAUCGACUUAACCAAACAAGGGCUGCUGUUCAGAGGACAGAUUUCGGAAUCGCUCAGGAAAAGAGGCAUAUUUGAAACAAAAUUCCUGUCUCAGAUCGAGAGUGACCGGCUCGCUCUCCUCCAAGUCCGUCGAAUUCUGCAGCAGCUUGGCUUGGACAGCACGUGUGAAGACAGCAUCAUUGUGAAAGAGGUGUGUGGAGCUGUUUCAAGAAGAGCUGCUCAGCUCUGUGGAGCAGGACUGGCCGCUAUUGUAGAGAAGAAGAGAGAAAACCGAGGUGUGGAGCACCUGCAAAUCACUGUUGGAGUAGAUGGAACUCUGUACAAGUUGCAUCCACACUUUUCUAGGGUCCUGCAGGAAACAGUGAAGGAGCUGGCACCUCAGUGUGAUGUGACUUUCAUGCUUUCUGAAGAUGGAAGUGGGAAGGGAGCUGCCCUCAUUACAGCAGUAGCAAAAAGGUUGCAUAAUGUUGGACAGAAGUGAAAAUGAGAGGUCAAGUCAUUUCAGCACUGCCAGGCGUGCGCACUAGAGUUGAUGAGUGGUGAUUCAGGAUAGCUUGGCUAGGCACCAGUACACAGGUACCUGUUUUCAGGGAGCAGCUGGUUUUUGACCAACCAAGAUUGUGGAAUUUUGUUCUUUGUUAACUUGGAUGAAGUGUUUCUGCUCCCCACUGGCAUUAUGUCUUGGCAUACUGCAACCUACUUGGUUCUGUAGCUCUUGCAAUGCGUCUGUAAUGCACAUGGGAGAGUGAAAACAAAACAAAAUAAACCCCAACUGUGUCUUUUUGCAAUGGUUCAAUGAAGCUACUGCACUACAAGUGAAGUCUAUCACCAGUUUCUUAGGGUUUUUUGGUGUGUUUUAGUUUUGGCUUGGCCUGGCUCAAGGGAUGUUGAGAUGCUGUUGGCACACCUGUCUAGUGGGCGUAUUUCUUCAGCACUUCAAAGGUUUUACAAUAAAUCAACAGGUAAAAUAAAAGUAAUGGACUUUGGUCAGUGAUGCUUCCCCCUCUGCUACCUUGGUUGCGAGUUUAUCAUGAUGUAAAACUUUUCUGGGUGCAGCAGGCGUGUUUGAUAGAUGAAAGUAAAGGACAAAAAUGUGAUUCCACAAAACGUGUGUCAAAAAUACAUCAGUGCGUCUCAAUGCGCAUAAACCUCAAUCCACACUGCCUGGAUUCUGGCUGUGACUGAAUUCUUUUGAUGCUGGGGGCAUGAGGGAAUGUAGGAGCUGCUACAGGGUCUCCUAUGUCUGUGUCAGGGCUACAUAGAGAUUAUCAGCUCUGUCCUUGGGUCACCAAUUUAGCUCCAUAGAGGAAAAAAGAAAAAUCACCUGAAUUUUGCCUGUUUUCCCCCUUAUCUCCUUGCCUGUUCAUGAGAGGAUAGUUUGUGCAGAGGAGUUUAGCCUUGGUUUUUGUUUUCUGCUGUGUGCUGCUCUGCCUAUCUGUGUAGUCUGUAAAUAAAUGUGUGGUGCUGUGA